AUGUACGAUUAUAUCGUCCGUAUCGUUGAUGGGAUGUUUGUGUUCCCUGCUUUUGAUUCCAACUUCAAAACCAGAAAGAGAACUUUCAAAUGUUGUUCCAACUGUCGUCGGAAAAGAAUCAAAUGUAUAGUUACUUCAGUUGAUUAUGAAGCUGUUGGUUGUGUUAAUUGUCAAAAGAAUAAUUGGCUGUGUGACUUUAUCACUAAGAAACAAGAGUCUAUUAAUGUGAAUAAAUCUCCUAAGACUACUACUUUGUCCUCUAAAUCUCAUUCUAUAGAGGUUUUGGACCCAUUAAAGGUGGAAUUAUUUAAUCAAAACUUACCCUUACCUCAAGCCGAUCAAAUUACUCCAACAUUCCAUCCAAUAGCAGAGGAAUCUAGCUCUACCCCUCCACCAAUCCCUAUGGUUCUGGCAUCUUCCAAAAAGAGACAGAGAUAUUCUAAUUCUCCACCUUCAGAAACAAGUGCUGCGUUGAAAGCUAAACGUAGAAGGUCAAGUGCCCAGCCAAUAGUCAACCACUUUGCCACGGCAACAAAUGAUAUGCGUAAAUAUAACGAGAAGUAUUUAAAGGAACAUUUUGGGUUUAAUAUCACCACUAAAGAAUUUAGUCACCCUUUUGCCUAUUUAUAUAUGGGACAUCCUCAUGCGAUUAUGGAGGGAGCUGCAAAUAACAAGUCUGAUUCUAAAGUGUAUCAUGAAUCAGGAGUCCUUGUUAAGUCAAGACCAACCACUAAGAAGGAAUACCGUAAGGAUAAAGUUGAUAAAGAACAUGAUGAUGGUGCUGACAAUAAUAUUAAUAAUAUCAUUAAUACUAAUAAAGAACAAGGACAUCAAGAUGAUGAUGACGAUGAUAAUGACGAUGAUAAUGAUGACGAUGAUGAGAUAGAAGAAGACUAUAUCAAAAACUAUAAGUAUUUCAACUUUCUUCUUUCUAUCAAUGCCUUCACUUUAAGUACCACUGAGUACCCGUUUAAUAAGAGUGAAAUCGAUCGCUUGCUUCAAAUUUAUUUCACCAAAUUAAACUCUAUGCUUCCCAUAUUAAAUGAGAAACAAGUCUUGAAAGCUCAUAGUUUGGGUAAGCUUCCUACCAUUAUACUUUAUGGUAUUGUGCUUGCAGUUCUGAGAGAUAAGUUGGCUGAACCAAUACUUAGACAAGUGUUCAUCAGAGGCAAGCAACAAAUAAAUCAAAACAUUGUUGAUUUGACUUUUGAAGAGUUCAUUAAAGAGUUGACCACGUUUAUUACAGACCUCGAUUUCAAAAUGAGACAAGUGCUUUUGGUACUUAUUCAAUUGGGUGAUGAUGAUAAAUAUGUUAGACUUGUGGUUCAUAUAUUGCUUAGCCAUCAUUUUGGACAUGAUAAGAUGGCUGAGGAACGGAAUUCUCAUGAUGUUGCAGAAGCCAUUGAAUAUGUUUUCUCAACUGGGUUCCAUAUGAAAGCCGUCUCUGCAUCAAAUAAAUCUUCAGAAAAUAUAUCCACGGUGUUUUGGUGUUGUUAUUUUAUGGAUAGAGUCACAGGCAUCGUUGCUUCAAGAGCAACGUUAAUUAAAAAGGAAGAUUUCAAUAUGGCAUUACCUUAUCAUAAUACUUCCUUGAUGAAAUUGGUUCAAUUGGCAAGAUCAUUGGAAAAUGUUAUGUUCACCAUGUUCCAACCUUUUGGUAAUGAUCUUCAAGGGAAUAACAUCUCCAGAUAUAAAAGAAUCGAUGCUGAUUAUUUCCAAAAAGUUGAAUUUGAAAUCCUGUCAUUUGAUAGAGAUAAAGGCGUAUGUCCCUUUGAUCAAAGUAAUUAUGCCAAUUGUCAAUUUCAAUUUCUUACUCGAGUCAUUAAUAAUUUUAUGGUUAUACUUUGUCAAAAGCAAAAAUAUGAUACUCCGGAAAUCGAUAAUCAAAUUCCCGAUGAUAUAAAUUUACAAGCUGCUUCUAAUAUUCUUUGGUAUUAUCGUCAAAUGCGUAAAGAAGAUAUGUUGAAUAUUCCUUUGAUGUUUACCUUUAUGAGUAUUGCUAUGGCUUGUGCUUUAAAGCGUAAGGCCAAUCUUUUACUCAAAGGUAAAGACGAAGAACCUCGGUAUGGAUAUGUUUAUGAAGAUUAUAUUACUUCAUUGGAUGAAUUUUCUCCUUAUUGGUUAUAUGUGAAGAACAUUUGCAAAGUAACAAGAAACUUUGUUGCCGAAUUAGAGCUUAAGAGUGCCACGAGAAGAAGAAAGAAACAAAAAAAGUCCACCAAAAUUCAACCAAUACAGCAACAACAGCAACAGCAACAGCAACAGCAACAGCAACAGCAGCCACCUCUACCAACAUCUCAUUCCUCCAUACCAUCACAUUCAUCAAUUCCAUCACACUCGUCUCCUGUUCCACCGCACUUCAACUCUCCACAGAUACAACUUCAACAACAACAAUUAUACUCUAUUCCUUCAACAGCUCGUUUCCAACCUCCAUAUCCUAUUCAAGUCAAUGGAGGUUAUAUGAACUCUCAUCGUCCUUCGAGCACCAGUUUACCUUCGUUUGUGCGAUCAAAUCCUCCCUCCAAUGGACUUGCAUCGACUAGUGUUUCCAAAGUGAACACUCCUGAGAGUUACACUAACCAAAUUGAACCCGGCAGUGACUGGGUUAAUUUAAUGCAAUUGUCACAGAACGGAACUCCUAUGCCGGGGUUUGGCGUUGACGGAAGUCCUGGACUUUCCAAAAAGGGUUCACUACUAUCGAUCUCCAAUAUGUUAGCCUACGAUUCGCAACAACAACAACAGCAUCAGCAUAAACAGCAUCAACAGCAGCUUCAGCAACCACAAUUCCAAACAGCACCACAGCAAUCAAUCCAUCCAUCGGAACAAGUGUUUGGUCAAAGCAAUUCGGUCGAUUCCCGUACAGACAGACAAACCAUUGAUUCCAGUUCUCUUCAUGAAGGGGAAGAAGAGAGAAACCAGGUUGUGGAUUCAUUAAAGGGUGAAUUCUUUGAUAACAAUGACUUCUUUAAAGAUGUCAGUAACGUCAUUAACUUUUGGGUGUAA